UUGAAGAAAAAAUGUGAUGUUUUAGCUUCCAACACCCUUUGACAGCGUUACCAAAGUUGCUGCUUUUUCAAAUCUUUUUGCUUUUCUUGGAUAAAGUAAUCAAUGCUAGAAAACAAUAUGCACUCCAAUAUUUGCACCCAGUUGAUUUUUAAAAUAAAAGAAAAACUUAUAAAGUUUUUGUUAAAGAAACACCUAAAUUUGUACUUUCCGACGAGAUAUUUUAGAGUAAAAGCAGAAGAGAAGUGAGAGGCAUCAUCGCAGAAUGGAUAGAGCAACACCUGUACGGAGCUCCCAUACUUCCACUGCCGAUCUUCUGACUUGGUCGGAAGUUCCUCCGUCGUCCAACUCUUCCUCUGUUGCCGCCUCCGGCAGUGCGUCUCGUUCUCAUCAGCCUUCUGAUGGAAUCAGUAAGGCGGUGUUUGGUGGACAGAUCACUGAUGAGGAAGCUGAUAGCUUAAACAAACGCAAACCUUGUUCAGGGUAUAAACUGAGGGAGAUCAGUGGCAGCAAUAUAUUUUCUGAUUAUGAUGAAGAUGGUACAUCAGAACCUGGAACUGAUAAUGGUAAUCUUACUAACAGGACAUCGGUGCGCAUUGUUCAGCAAGCUGCAAACGGUAUAAGCCAAAUUUCAUUCAGUACUGAAGAAACCAUUUCCCCAAAGAAGCCUACUACUCUGACCGAAGUGGCAAAGCAACGUGAGUUGAGUGGAAAUUUAAAAAGUGAGUCAGAUAGCAAAGUCAAGAAGCAGCUAUCAGAUGCAAAGACCAAGGAGCUGAGUGGAAAUGAUAUCUUUGGCCCUCUUGAAGAAGUUCCUCCUAGAUUCCUGGCUGCUGUGCGCUCCUCGGAGUCAAAAGAAAGCAAAGACAUGGGUGAAUGUGCUCCACGAACUGUACGCACAUCUGUUAGGGUUUCUAAUCCUGCUGGUGGGCAAAGCAGUAUCUUGUUUGGUGAUGAACCUGUUGUCAAGACAACAAAGAAAAUACAUAACCAGAAGUUUGCAGAAUUGACGGGCAAUGACAUUUUCAAGGGAGAUAUUCCUCCUGGAUUGGCGGAGAAGACACUGAGCAAUGCUAAGCUGAAAGAAAUGAGUGGUAAUGAUAUAUUUUCUGAUGGAAAAAUUGAAUCCAGGGAUCACUUUGGCGGUGUGCGCAAACCCCCUGGUGGAGAAAGCACUAUCAGAUUGGUGUAAUCUCAUCAAACGGAUCUCAUGUUGACCUGUUUUGCCCACAUUGCUGAUGCUUUCUGACUAGUUAGGACUUCAUGGCAUUUAGGGCUGAGGAUUGUAAAACUUGAUGUGUCAAUACUCUAAUUUGCUACAACAUGCAGAGUAGUUAGCCUUUGAGCCUUUUCUGCUGACUGUUGAAGGAGCUUAUUAGAUUAACAAUAACCCAUUCUACUUGCCGCAGUCUGAUAUUGAAUGGUGUCA